AUGCCUGGAAAGGACCUGAAGAUUUCCAAGAAAGACUGGGUACAAGAGUUCCCUGAAGUAAAAGCAGGACUUCGAGACGCAACCUUGAGCUGCAUCGAAGAACGGCCCGGUCAAAAAUAUGGUCAUUUUCAAAAUCUAGCAGAAGAUCGUAUAAAGCGACUUACAUUUAGCACGAACGCUUGGAACGGGCUCAACGUAUUCGAGCGCUCGCAAUCAGGACCACCAGGGGCUACCACUGAUUCCAAAACCAUCGACCAUUAUUUUUCGUUGAUGGUCGAGAGUCAUGAGUACUGCUUGUGCGCUGGCGAGCUGAAGCCAUGGGGUGUCAUUCAGAAGGACGAAUGGUCCGGGGCCAAGACUAUGGGAACAGUCACCAAAAGGCUAGGGCAAGAGAUGAGAGGUUUCACGCGACCACUCGAGAAGACAUUAGAAGUCAAGACUGUUUGA